CAGCCCAGCUCUCGUUCAGGGCAGGGCCGCGGAACUCUCGCGAGAUUUGUCGCGCUCUCGUGUUGUUGUGGUGAUGAUGGCGGCAGGCGCGGAGGCCCCGGACUCCUGGUAUCUGGCUCUGCUCGGUUUCGCCGAACAUUUCCGAACCUCCAGUCCUCCCAAAAUCCGCUUGUGUGUGCACUGCCUGCAGGCCGUCUUCCAGUUCAAGCCCCCGCAGAGAGUGGAGGCCCGCACGCACCUGCAGCUCGGCUCGGUGCUCUACCACCACACGAAGAACAGCGAGCUGGCCCGCACGCACCUCGAGAAAGCGUGGCUUAUCUCACAGCAGGUAGCACAGUUCGAGGAUGUUAAGUUUGAGGCGGCGAGUCUCCUGUCAGAGCUGUACUGCCAGCAGGUGACACAUUCAUGCUGAAUUCCUGAGUUUAAUAAAAGAAUCAGACUCAAAACAAGCCAGUCUGUGAUGAUGAUGUGCUGGAUGUUGUUGCUGCAGCAGCUGCACACGCUGGAGAAGGAUCUGGUGUCGGCCUGUGAUCUGCUGGGGGUCGGCGCGGAAUACGCCAGAGUCGUGGGAUCCGAAUACACCAGAGCUCUCUUCCUGUUGAGCAAAGGCAUGCUGCUGCUGAUGGAGCGCAAGCUGCAGGAGGUUCAUCCGCUCCUGACUCUCUGCGGACAGAUCGUGGAAACCUGGCAGGGAAACCCCAUCCAGAAGGAGUCGCUGCGUGUGUUCUUCCUGGUGCUGCAGGUCACGCAUUACCUGGACGCCGGACAGGUGAAGAGCGUGAAGCCGUGUCUGAAGCAGCUGCAGCAGUGCAUCCAGACCAUCUCCACGCUCCACGACGAUGAGAUCCUGCCCAGUAACUCGGCCGAUCUCUUCCACUGGCUGCCCAAAGAGCACAUGUGUGUCCUCGUCUACCUGGUGACGGUCAUGCACUCGAUGCAGGCUGGGUAUCUGGAGAAAGCCCAGAAAUACACGGAUAAAGCCCUCAUGCAGCUGGAGAAGCUGAAGAUGCUGGACUGCAGCCCCAUCCUGUCCUCGUUUCAAGUAAUUCUGCUGGAGCACAUCAUCAUGUGUCGUCUGGUGACGGGACACAAGGCCACGGCGCUGCAGGAGAUCUCUCAGGUGUGUCAGCUCUGUCAGCAGUCUCCACGGCUCUUCUCCAAUCACGCGGCUCAGCUCCACACGCUGCUGGGUUUGUACUGCAUCUCUGUUAACUGUAUGGAUAACGCUGAGGCCCAGUUCACUACAGCGCUGCGGCUCACCUCCCAUCAGGAGCUGUGGACGUUCAUCGUCACUAACCUGGCGAGUGUGUACAUCAGAGAGGGAAACAGACAUCAGGAGCUCUACAAUCUAUUAGAGCGGAUAAACCCAGACCACAACUUCCCCGUCAGUUCUCACUGUCUGCGCGCCGCUGCCUUCUACAUCCGAGGCCUUCUGUCCUUCUUCCAGGGACGCUACAAUGAAGCCAAGCGUUUCCUGCGCGAGACGCUGAAGAUGUCGAAUGCGGAGGAUCUGAAUCGUCUGACUGCCUGCUCUCUGGUGCUGCUGGGACACAUAUUCUUCGUGCUGGGGAACCACAGAGAGAGCAACAACAUGGUGGUUCCUGCGAUGCAGCUGGCCAGUAAGAUCCCAGACAUGUCUGUGCAGCUCUGGUCAUCGGCUCUGCUCAAGGAUCUUAACGAGGCUUGCGGGAACUCCAUGGAAGCGCAUGAGGCAGCACAGAUGCACCAGAACUUCUCCCAGCAGCUCCUGCAGGAUCACAUCGCCGCCUGCAGCCUUCCAGAACACAACCUCAUCAGUUGGACUGAAGGCCCUCCUCCUGUGCAGAUUCAAGCUCAGAAUGGACCCACCACCAGCCUGGCCAGCCUGCUUUAAACACACACACUCACACUCACUCACACACACACACACUCUCUCACACACACACACUCUCACAC